CUUUGAAGCUUUAACCUAAAAGGACGAUAUUGGCUGAUAAGAUUUUUCAUCUUGUGGUGAUCAAACCAGCGUAACUCUCGCAAAAUAAGUGUUGUCAUAUGUUGGAGCAUGUUCACAGUCUUAACCUUUCUUAAAGUUGUAUCCUAUUUUGUUUUUGAGCCUCUGUGCAAAUACGUUUUGUUGUAUUUGUGAUGUAUGGGACAAAAGGUGGAUUCUGAUCGGAGCAAUGUCAGCCCCACCUAACCACGCUUGAAUUGCACCUUAAAAUCUUCUGGGUUUUAUGUUAUCAACAUGUCAUAUUUUAGUGGACAUGCAAGCACUGUUAACAUGAUUCCUGACAACAUGGACUCCAACCAGCCGGCAACCCAAGGCGACGUGAGGCCUAGAGUGAUGGGUCUGAUCCUGAGCGUCGCCUCUUGUCUCAUUAUCUCCACCAACCUACUGGUGGCAGCCGCUCUACUUAAGCUACUCCACAAGAAGAGCAGCCAGAGCUGGUGCUUUGUCCUCAACUUGGCACUGGCCGAUGUCCUGGUGGGUGUGGCCAUCACUGGCCUGGCCACAGAGGACUUCAACAGCAACAACAUCACUCAGAACCAGCAAAGCCAUGUCACUGCUGAGCCUCCUGCAAAUGCCACGCCUGCUGCUCAGGGCAAGGCCCGGUGUUUGAUGCGCAUGGCCUUCGUGACAUCGCCCUGCACAGCAUCCAUCAUGUCCAUGUUCCUGAUCUCACUAGACCGCUACGCAGCCAUCAAGAUGCCCCUGCGGUACUCCCAGCUGUCGGGGAAGGGGACAGCAGUUGGGUCCCUGCUGGCUCUGUGGAUCAGCUCCCUCACGUUGGGAUUUUUGCCAGUCAUGGUGCGGCAGUUGCAGGCGGACGGCUACGACGGCUUCUGUGCCUUUUUCUCCGUCAUUCACCAAGUGGGCAUGAUUGUGUUAUUCAGCGUGUGCUUCUUCCCGAUACUCUCUGUUUUUGUUUACAUCUACCUGGACAUCCUGAAGAUAGCCUGCAUCCACCAGAAGCAGAUCUGCCAAGUGAGGCAAGCUUGUUCCAGGAGUACUGACCACCAUGGCCAUGAAUAUUACGAACAUCACCACCAGCAUCAGCAGCUGAGGAGCGGUUACUGGAGCCAUGUCAAGGCCCUGAGGACGGUGGCGGUGCUUGUGGGCUGCUUCUUGGUCCUUUGGUGCCCCUUCUUUGUGGCGUGCAUAGUGCACCUUCUGUGUAAAAGCUGCGAACUCACAGACGUGUUGGAGAAUUAUCUGUGGCUGCUGGGACUAUCCAAUUCACUCAUCAACCCCCUGGUGUACGCGUUCUGGCAAAGGGAGGUGCGGCUGCAGUUAGCAGCCAUGUUUUCCUACUUUACAGGAAGGUCGUGGGCUGCUGGAUCACCAGGCGUCACAGAAAGAUGUGACUCGCAGCCACCUGUGCUUACUCAAGCUGAUGUUUCAGGUGGAGAUACCCUCAACCCUUCACUGUUGCACUCAAUUAUCCCUAACGACAAGGCUCACACUGUGCCUCUAUCUGCCACGACCAGCUUGUGAAAGAAACCAGAGAAGCGGUGGAAACAAAAGCAUGGCUAGAGUGUGUUAUCACUGUGAUAUUCUAGAUACAGAAAGGGACAUACAACAUAAACAACUUUUAAGACCGGAGAAAAGUGAGCUCCACUUUCACCCUAUCUUUCUGAAAUGCUGUAACAUGUCCCUGUCAAAAUUUAACCUGCCAGUUAGUAAAAUAUGAGGACUACUUUUGAGGCCUUGACAUUGUGCCACGUGUCCCCUCAAAAGGUGAAUAUCUUUAUUCUGAAUAUGAAAUUAAUAGGUUAAGCUCUAAUUCUGAAUAAGACCUGAACAGGACUCUGACUUACAUGGGUACUAGCUUUAACUUUACUUUGACUUUAAAUUGAUUCAUGAAUUUGACCUCAUUUAUUCACAACCACAGUUAUUUUUGGAAUCUUUUUUAAAUACUGGAGUUGAGAGUUGAUAUUGUUCUUCUUCAGCACUUACCCAGGGACCAAUUAUUAAGAUGUUUUGGGGAAACACAGCCUUAAUACUCCAGGGGUCUAUGAGCCAAAAAUAAGAAUAUCAAGUAUUACUUUCCGUAUUCAAUCUUGAUCCACUGAUUAUAAACCAUCCAGUUCCUUUCAGCCUGGGCCCAAUCUAGACCUGACAACUAAUAAACUUUUAAAGUCAAAA